AUGGCUUCAUCCAUGACCAUGACCACCAUCUUCUCUGGUGGCGCCGUCGCCACUAAGCCGGCCACAGCCACCACCCGUCACAACAGCCAGCUUGCGGUGAGGGCCUCGAUGGACUUGGAGAAGGUGGUGGCGGCAGCCGCAGAGACCACCAACACGCAAAAGCCGCGAUGGAAAGGCGGCGGGUAUACGCCGGUGAAGGAUCCAAGUGCACGGGAGUAUUUUCAAGUGGCGACAUUCGCGGUGUCGGAAUAUAACAAACAGAACAAGGCGUGCUUGACUUUGGAGUCUGUGUUCAGUGUUGAAACGCAGGUGGUCGCUGGUGUGAAUUACGGGCUGGGGAUCACCGCGAGGGACGAACGCGGCAUAUCCAACAACUACGAGGCCAUUGUUUUCUCCCGGACCGAACCUACAUCCCUCCAUCUCACUUACUUCCAUAUACUUUAUCAAUAG